CUUAGACAGAAAUCAGCUGUUGUUGAACCUGGUUGAACGAACUGAAGUUUACGUCGAUUAGGUGUCGAAGUUGACAAGCUUGACACGAAUUAUGCAUUCAUGAUGCUUCACUGUAAAUCAUGGCUAUCGGAGACAAAGAUGAGACGGAGCCACUAUUGCGAGGUAGAACGGCCAAACACGUGUCCUCCCAGAGACUUGCAUCGAUGACAACCUGGUUUGUCAGUCAUGAUGACAUUCCCAGUCACGCUGCUAUUCAGGAAAAGACAUCUGGUUUAACAUUAGACGAUGUGCGAGUGCUACAGGCAGUUACAUUUAUAGAGGAUGCAUUACGCUAUCGUUCCAUACAUCACAGGGUGGAUAGAUGGUCUCUCAAACUCCACCGCUGGUACUAUUCCUGGCCAGUUCAGUGGAGCCUCUACAUGGCAAUAUGCAUCAUCCACUUGCUGGCAUUCUUCGAGUUCCCGUCAUCGCUGUCGGUCUCGUCGGACAUUCGCUACAACCAAAGUAGGCUGAAUCCUCCCUGUGGGGUCACGGAGGCCAUUGAAAUCAUCUGCCUGCUGCUGUUUGCUGCUGAUAUUUUAAUCAAGGGAUACCUGAUUGGGACAAAGCAAGUGAAGAGGAACAAGUGGCUACUGGUGUAUAGUGCUGUUGUUGCUAUAUCAAUCAUUGAUUGCAACUUGUCACUUUUAUAUUCGUGCUCAGAUAUGUUGAGAAUAAGAAGAAUUCUGAGGCCAUUCUUCCUCUUGCAAUCUUCGUCUGUGAUGAAAAAGACAAUUAACUGCAUAACUCGCACACUUCCUGAGAUAGGCAGCGUGCUGCUGCUGCUCUGUUUGCAUCUCUACUUGUUUACCAUGUUUGGAAUGUUGCUGUUUCCCCAACAACAGGGGAAUUCGACAGCCCUCGUCAAUGAAUCCCGUGUUAAUGAUGAAGGAAACGUCUACUUCUCUACCCUCAGUGAUUCCUUCAUGAAUUUACUCAUUUUGCUCACCACGGCAAAUAACCCGGAUGUGAUGAUGCCUGCCUACCAGUACAACCGAUUCUACGUGCUGUACUUCAUUGUUUUCCUCUUCGUAGGACUCCAUUGCUUCAUGAAUAUGCUCACAGCUGUCAUAUACAACCAGUUCAGGGGUUAUCUUGUGAAAUCUAUGGAAACCAGCUUGUUCCGGAGAAGGUUGGGAGUCAGGGCUGCCUUUGAUGUUCUUCUCAGGAUUGAUGUACCUCACAGCUUACAGGCUGAUAGGGGCUUCAUAUCCAAGCAACUAGUGAGGCGUGUCAUAGAGGAAUCUUGGUUGAAGACGAUACUAAAGGACAAAAUGCUAGUGGAACUGGAUAGAGUGGAUGAUGAUGAGUCAGUUGACAUGUCAAAUUUCCAAGAGUUCUUCAACGUUUUUUACAGUGCUGAGCGAGAACGACCGCCUAAACCAUCGAUGAAGCUCUUCAUGAAUCCCUCGCUGUGCAAGCUGCAGCAGCUUGUUGCCCAUGACUACUUCACCUACUUUGGAUUAAUGGUGGCCUUUGCCAACGUUGUCUGCAUAACCGUUGAACUGGCUACCAAGUACGAUACACUCAGCUCAAGCAACUCACUGCUGGCCACUCUCAACUUGAUCUUCAUACUCUAUUACCUACUAGAGCAACUGUUGAAGUUGACCCUCAUUGGAUGGCGUCACUACUGCUAUGAGCGUAAAAAUGUCUUUGACCUGGCAGUAACAGCAUUACUUGUGAUAAUUGAAAUCUACGAUCUGGCUAUGUACGGUCUUCCAUUUUACAACGAGGGAAGCGUCCACCACAGACAUGGUCUCAGCAUCACACUGUGGGACCUUGUGCGCAUCGUCAACAUGAUCAUCAUCUGCCGCCUCCUUCGUGUUAUCCCUCAUAUCAAGACAAUGUCUCUGGUGGUGGGCACGCUAUUCAAUCUUAUCCACAACCUCAGGCCAUUUGCUGGUGUUUUAGUGGUAGCGUACUACUCGUUUGCGAUACUAGGUAUGGAGCUGUUUAGGGAUGUCAUUACCUACGAUGCCAGUACCAAUGCCACAACCCUCAGUUAUGAGUGUGGCACAUACGAGCAACUCGGCUACUGGGCGAACAACUUUAAUGAUUUUGCUGCUUCCAUUGUGCUGCUGUGGGAUGUCAUGGUAACAAACAACUGGCAGGUGAUCCUGCAUGCAUAUGCUAAAGCUACUAGUGGGUGGUCACAGCUGUACUUUGUCAGCUGGUACGUUGUGUCCGUUCUCAUCUGUCUCAACAUCUUUAUGGCUCUCAUUCUCGAGGCCUUCGUCAUGAAUUGGGACCACAACUCGCGAUCUGGGAACGAGGAAAUUGAGCUCUCUCGGUACCACGGCACCACCCCCCAGGAUCUCUUUAGAGAUGUAUUGGCUGAACCCUCGGAGCCUGAGCUACAGGCGCAGCUGAUGUCUCAUGAGUUCUUGAGUGAAUUUGAACUGUCCGUCAGUAGCUGCGAUUGCUGAUUGCUACCACAGAGGGUGCCUUUAUCACCAACUCCUUAAUGACAAACCCUACAAUGCUCACCUCAGAUCUAAUGUGAUGCCAGUCAACUCGUUUCAGUUCAAUUAGGGAUCCUGAUUCGGGAACUUCUUAAAAGUCUGAUAUGCACAUAAUUUAUAUAUGAAGUUAACAUCUAUUUUAAAUGUUGACAUGUAAUCUGAGAGUCCAAGCUUUGUUUUAUAUUCCUGUUGCAUAUAUUAGCUAUAUUUUAUAUCAACGUUGAUAGUAUGAAAAUGUCGUUAUCGUGAUAUGCUGAUGUGCAGUCACAUGUCUAAAUCGAAUGCUGUUUUGCAUUCAGGUGAUUCAAUUCGAAAUGAAACAUUAGACUGUGAUGUAUUAUUUGUUUGCUAUUGCAUAUAUGUAUGUAUUUUUUAACUAAUAUGUAAUAAAGUAAAAUUAUAGCCAUGUCCUCAUGCUUGUAUA